AAAUAUCACUCUCUCUUCAUCAGUCUCCCUUCAACUCUCUAUCAGCAUUUUUUUUCUUCUCUGCAACUUCUUUAUCUUAAAGCAGACGAAACAAUUUAUAUUUUAUUUUUUGAUUACAGCUCGACUCGCUUGAAGAAUCGGACCGGAGAAAAUAAUGUCACUCAGUGUUGAACCAGACGCUAUGUGAUUUCAUAUCACUGACUCAUUCUUCUUCUUCUUCGUCUACUUCUGUAAUUUUUUUGGUUUUUUCCACAUUUUUUCUGAUAUCCGAGUCGCUAACUCGUGACUCAGUGAGUCAACUCGACUCAGCUACUUUUUUUUGUUUUUACUGAAAGAAAGGUAGUUAGUUAUAUGGCAUCAUCAUCUUAUCGAGCACGUAGUAGCUCACCAUUUUCGUAUAGGAAACCGUCAAGUCCAUACUCUUCAACAUCUUCGACUUCGUCUAAUUUCAACAAUAAUAAUACUAAACUAAUACCUCGCUCUUGCUCUUCUUCUGCUUCCUCUUCGUAUUUCAACUCGUCCGGUUUCGCUGCGCCCCGAUCCAUGACUCCGAACCGGUCUCGCUCCGAGUCAAUGUAUCCUCCGAGAAGCUACAAUAAUCGUACUCCGGUAGGAUAUGGAGGCGAUGAGUUAAUCGCCGCAGCUGAGCCGAUUGACGCGCCGAUUAAUGGAGAUAGUAUAUCUGUCACCAUUCGUUUUAGACCGCUGAGUGAUAGAGAGUACCAGAGAGGGGAUGAAAUAGCGUGGUAUGCGGAUGGAGAUAAACUCGUUAGGAAUGAGUAUAAUCCAGCUACAGCUUAUGCAUUUGAUAAAGUUUUUGGACCACAUUCUGUUUCUAAUGAGGUAUAUGAAGUUGCUGCUAAACCAGUUGUCAAGGCUGCUAUGGAAGGUGUUAAUGGAACCGUUUUUGCUUAUGGUGUUACUAGCAGUGGAAAGACGCACACUAUGCAUGGAGAUCAAAAUUCUCCUGGUAUUAUACCAUUAGCUAUAAAGGAUGUAUUCAGCAUUAUACAAGAAACUCCAGGAAGCGAGUUCUUACUGCGUGUUUCUUAUCUUGAAAUCUACAAUGAGGUGAUAAACGACUUGCUUGAUCCAACCGGUCAAAAUUUGCGUGUUAGAGAAGAUGCACAGGGUACUUAUGUUGAGGGUAUAAAGGAAGAAGUGGUUUUGUCUCCUGGGCAUGCACUUUCUUUCAUCGCUGCUGGAGAAGAGCAUCGUCAUGUUGGUUCAAAUAACUUUAAUUUAUUCAGCAGCAGAAGUCACACCAUCUUUACACUGAUGAUAGAAAGCAGUGCUCAUGGCGACGAGUAUGACGGUGUUGUCUUCUCGCAACUUAAUUUGAUCGACUUAGCUGGAUCUGAGAGUUCAAAAACCGAAACAACUGGAGUAAGGAGAAAGGAGGGAGCUUACAUAAACAAAAGUCUUCUAACUCUUGGAACGGUUAUUGGAAAGCUAAGUGAAGGGAAGGCAUCUCAUGUUCCUUAUCGAGACUCAAAACUUACCCGCCUUCUGCAGUCGUCAUUGAGUGGGCAUGGACAUGUUUCACUAAUUUGUACUGUUACUCCCGCAUCAAGUAAUUUUGAGGAAACUCAUAAUACUCUGAAGUUUGCUAGCAGGGCAAAAAGAGUUGAAAUAAAUGCCUCACGGAAUAAGAUCAUUGAUGAAAAAUCUUUGAUUAAGAAGUAUCAAAAAGAAAUCUCAACUCUCAAGCAGGAACUUGACCAAUUAAAGCAGGGGAUUGUAGUUGGUGUCAAUCAUGAAGAGAUUCUGAGCUUAAAGCAAAAGCUGGAAGAAGGUCAAGUGAAGAUGCAGUCAAGAUUGGAGGAAGAAGAAGAAGCCAAAGCUGCUCUAAUGAGUCGGAUACAGAGGUUAACUAAGCUCAUACUUGUCUCUACAAAGAAUGUAAUUCCUGGAUAUAUUAGCGAUGUUCCUAGUCAUCAACGGAGUUACUCUGUUGGUGAGGAUGAUAAACUGGAAGUUUUGAAAGAGGGUGUUUCACUUCUAGAAAGUGAGAGUCAGAAAGACUCUUUGUCUUCUGCUUCCGGGGUUCUAUCAGACGCAUCUCAUGAAUUUAAACACCGGAGAUCUUCUAGCAAGUGGAAUGAAGAUCUCUCCUCUGUUAGCAGUACAAUUACCGAGUCCACACAAGCUGGUGAACUUAUAUGUUCUUCAAAACUACCUGCAGGUGCAAUUACACAAGAUCAGAUGGACCUUCUUGUUGAGCAAGUAAAGAUGCUUGCUGGAGAGAUUGCAUUUAGUACAAGUACCCUCAAGCGUCUAGUGGAGCAGUCUGUGAAUAAUCCUGAUAGCUCAAAGACUCAGGUCCAAAAUUUGGAGCGUGAGAUCCAGGAAAAGAAGAGACAAAUGAGGGUUUUAGAGCAGCACAUUAUUGAGAGUGGCGAGGCUUCAAUUGCUAAUGCAUCAAUGGUUGACAUGCAGCAGACUGUUAUGAGAUUGAUGGCCCAGUGUAAUGAAAAGGCUUUUGAACUGGAGUUAAAGACAGCAGACAACCGUAUCCUCCAGGAACAACUACAUAAUAAGUGUUCUGCAAAUAUAGAAUUACAAGAAAAAGUAAAUCUCCUCGAGCAACAGCUGGCUUCAUCUUCUGGUGAUAAAUCAUCACUAAGUUUUGAACAUGAUGUCUCCGAGCAAUGCAUUGAUGAUUUGAAAAAGAAGAUCCAGUUACAGGAAAUUGAGAAUGAAAGGCUAAAGAUAGAACAGGUUCAGCUAUCAGAAGAGAAUAGCGGUUUACGUGUGCAAAAUCAGAAACUGGCCGAAGAAGCUUCUUAUGCGAAGGAAUUGGCCUCUGCUGCUGCAGUUGAGCUAAAGAACUUAGCUAGUGAAGUCACCAAACUCUCUUUACAAAAUGCAAAACAGGAAAAGGAAUUGUUGACAGUUCGGGAGUCUAUGCAUUCUAGGGGAGCUGGCUUAUAUUCUGUUAAUGGUGCUAACCGCAAAUAUAAUGAUAGUAUGCGACCAGGAAGGAGAGGCCGGCUUUCUGGUAGAACAAAUGAAUAUUCAGGAAUGCAUUCCGAUGACUUUGGCUCUUGGAGCCUUGAUCUAGAAGAUCUGAAGAUGGAGUUGCAGGCAAGGAAACAACGGGAGUCAGCUCUUGAAACGGCCUUAGCUGAAAAAGAGUUCAUAGAGGAGGAAUACAGGAGGAGAGCUGAAGAGGCAAAGAAAAGGGAGGAGGCUCUAGAAAAUGAUUUGGCAAACAUGUGGGUGCUUGUUGCUAAGUUAAAGAAGGAGGGUGGAGCUGUCCAUGAGAUGAAUAGUGAUGAGAGACUUAAUGAUAUAAUCAAUGUAAGUGAACCAAAGAUGAAUGGGGUUGAUCAAAAUACUGCCCUGAAAGAGACACUAAUGGUGGAUGCGUCAAAACCAUCUGAUGAAAAUCUGGAAGAGCCCCUAGUUGUUCGCUUGAAGGCGAGAAUGCAAGAGAUGAAAGAUAAAGAACUCAAAUACCUAGGCAAUGGAGAUACCAAUUCACAUAUAUGUAAGGUGUGCUUCGAAUCAUCAACUGCUGCAAUUCUUCUCCCAUGCCGACAUUUUUGUUUAUGUAAACCUUGUUCGCUAGCUUGCUCCGAGUGUCCCAUUUGUCGCACAACGAUUGUAGAUAGGCUUUUUGCUUUUGCGUCUUAAAACUGCAGUUUAUACCCUUAAAAAGGGUAUAGAAAUGAUAUCCGGUUUUCAAUAUUGAAGCAACGGCGGGUGUGAUUCUUUUAUUAGAUUGGUGCAUGUAAUUAUCAAAAAGGUAUAUCAAUGUAUUGAUUCGUUUUGGUUUUUUCCUGGGGGGCUGUAAAAUAAGAUUGGAAUUGACAGGUAAGAAAAUCAGUACAUGCAAAAGUACAUAUUUGAAAGGUUGCAAACUUGCAAUGCUUUGGAAAAAAACAGUAUAUACACUUUUCUAUCUUAGUAAAUGUAUAGAAAUGAUAUAUGCUUCCAAUCAGAAGCAUUUUUACCCCUGUAUACGAAGAAUUCAAGGUUCCUGGUUCCAAAUCUAUUUUCAUAUUCUCAA